CCCCGUCACUUUGUCGGUGAUGAGACUGUGCAAACUCCCUCAUUCGAUCGCCGUCUUCUUCCAGCUCGAGCCUAGGGUUGGCGGGUGGCGAGGCGACUCGGCUGUUCCCCAUUUCCGCCAUCGGGACGACCACCCUGCCUCAGCUCCCCAAGUUGAACCAGACAAAUCAGAAGAAUGUUUGGAGUUUGAUGAUGAAGAGGAGGAGGUAGAAGAGGAGGAAAUUGAAUAUGAAGAAAUCGAGGAGGAGAUAGAAGAGGAGGAGGAGGUAGAGGAGGAUGAAGAUGUCGUGGAGGAAGUUGAGGAGGUAGAUGAGGAGGAAGAUGAGGAGGAAGAUGAGGAAUCUGAUGAAACUGAAGGUGUAAGUAAAACUAAAGGUGUUCACCAGAAGGAUGUUACUGAAAAGGGAAAGCAUGCUGAGCUUCUUGCUCUUCCUCCCCAUGGUUCUGAAGUAUAUGUUGGAGGCAUCUCCAGUGAUGUAUCUUCUGAAGAUCUGAAGAGACUAUGUGAACCAGUUGGAGAAGUUGUGGAAGUAAGAAUGAUGAGAGGAAAGGACGAUAGCAGGGGAUAUGCUUUUGUUAAUUUUAGAACUAAAGGUUUGGCAUUAAAGGUUGUCAAAGAAUUGAACAAUGCAAAACUGAAGGGAAAGCGGAUAAGGGUUUCUUCCUCGCAGGCUAAGAACAAGCUUUUUAUUGGAAAUGUACCCCAUAGUUGGACAGAUGAUGAUUUCAGAAAGGCUGUGGAGGAAGUUGGUCCAGGAGUAUUAAAAGCUGAUCUCAUGAAGGUCUCAAGUGCAAAUCGCAAUCGGGGUUAUGGUUUUGUUGAAUACUACAACCAUGCAUGUGCAGAGUAUGCAAGGCAGGAGAUGUCUUCCCCAACAUUCAAACUAGAUUCAAAUGCUCCUACAGUCAGCUGGGCAGAUCCUAAGAAUAACGACUCGGUCUCUACUUCUCAGGUUAAAUCUGUAUAUGUGAAAAAUCUGCCCAAGAAUGUUACUCAAGCACAGCUGAAAAGACUGUUUGAGCACCAUGGAGAAAUUGAAAAGGUUGUUCUUCCUCCUUCAAGAGGAGGUCAUGAUAAUAGGUAUGGUUUUGUUCACUUUAAGGACAGGUCCAUGGCCAUGAGGGCUCUGCAGAACACAGAGAGAUAUGAGCUUGAUGGUCAGGUCCUGGAUUGCUCACUUGCGAAACCUCCUGCUGCUGAUAAGAAGGAUGAUAGAGUACCACUACCUAGUUCAAAUGGAGCUCCAUUGCUCCCGAGUUAUCCUCCACUUGGAUAUGGUAUCAUGUCAGUACCAGGUGCCUAUGGUGCUGCUCCUGCUAGUACUGCACAGCCUAUGCUGUAUGCUCCAAGAGCUCCUCCAGGGGCAGCAAUGGUUCCAAUGAUGUUACCGGAUGGUCGUCUCGUAUAUGUUGUACAACAGCCUGGUGGACAGUUGCCGCUGGCUUCGCCGCCGCCGCAGCAAGCUGGACAUCGUAGCGGCAGUGGAGGACGUCAUGGCGGCAGUGGCAGCCGCUAUGGCGGUGGUGGUGGCAGCUCCGGCAGUAGCAGGCCCGGUGCAAAACGGCAGAGAGGAGAUGACAACAGCAGUAGCCGCCACAAAGGCCGGCGCCGCCCGUACUGAUCUGAUCAGCAUAGCUGUAGCUACCACUUAGAAGAUGUAGUGCCGUCGCAGAAAAUUACCAGAAAAUCUGGUAGAAAUAAUUUAUACUGUUUGUACUCAUCGAUUUAUUAGAAGAAUUCGUUUCUGAAACAAGACUGUACAUGCGUAUUUACCAGUAUUUUCCAAUAUCGCAGAUUGCUGAAUCUGAAGAGGCACUGGUACAGUAUAAGCCAGUUUCAGGUCUAUUUGUAAGCUUGUUUUACAUUAUCUUUCGCUUUUGCAGUACCGUCAAUUCACCUCUGUAAGCCACAUGGAGUAUGAGAUUUCUGGGCAAGAAUCUGAGGUAGACAGUGAGGUGUGGCUUGGCUGGGUGGCGCAGCGACGUGUGUGCUCAAGACUGGAGACACGGUUGCCGCUGCCCAAGCUGAACACGUCGUGUUGCCUUGUGACUCUCUCGAGAGGCGGACGGGUACAUGCCGCGACGCCAACCAUUUCUAGGCUUCUAAUCUAAGCCGCGGCCGCCGCCUCCGACCUGUGCUGCUUCUCGACGAGCCGCCGCCUCCGGGGAACCUCGUACAGGGCGGCGCCGGGCCACCGCUCCAGAUUCCGGUCGACCGCGAGUCCACGAAGCAUCGGACGCACGGCGACGACACUGCAAUCCGGCGUUCCUGGGUCCUGGCAGCAGGUGAAAGGUCCUAUUUGGUGUAAGAAUUUAUAUACCUGACCAAUCAUUUAGUCAUCUGCAUCUUCUAAGUUGUUGAAAAAAUAUGGAUGACGGGGAGAUAGAACUUUCCAGCCAAAUGAUGUUUCCAAAUCCAGAGACUCCAACCAGCCUUGAUGAUUUCCUGCCAAGCAUCAGGACAACACGCACACACACUCAUACUUGCAACCCGCCUGGUCCAUCGGCAACAGCGCACACGCAUACAUGCUACCACACCCACACCCAUGUCUUCAGCUCAGAUGAUGAUAGUUGUGGAGGUGACAAAGCCAAGCCAAAGAAGGGCCGCAAGCCAUUGGGCAACCGUGAGGCUGUCCGCAAAUACCGGCAGAAGAAGAAGGCUCAUACAGCACACUUGGAAGAGGAAGUGAAGAGGCUUCGUGCCAUUAACCAGCAGCUGGUGAAGAGGCUGCAAGGGCAGGCUGCACUUGAGGCGGAGGUGGUAUGGUUGAGGUCGUUACUGGUGGAUGUGCGAUCAAGGAUCAAUGGUGCAUUGGGUAGUUACCCGUUCCAAGCACAAUGUGGAGUUAAUAAUGUUUUGGGUUGUGAUGGAAUGGCUCAGUGCUUUGCUGGAAAGCCGGAGUUGGGUGAGAGACGGAUUUGUACACCUUCUGUAAUGAAUUGCCAUAUCAGCCCGGAUUCCUAGCGAUGUUAUCGGAAGCUUCAUGGUCUCAUCUACCUCAAAGGAUGAGUAGAUAUUGUUUAUUUUGUUUCUAGCCUUUUUAUCAGAAGAUAAGACAGUAGUAUUACAGUGCCGUGGAGCCUGGAGGGUUGAUGCGUUGUUUCUUAGGUGGCAUUUUACCCCUGGAAUCUAGUGGAAGUUAGUAAUUAGUUUUCAGGUUCGUUAUCAAAUACAAAUUUUUGGUUUCUAGUGUAAAAUAUCUUUGGUUUCUAUGCAGUGUAAAAUACACAUUUCCCCCCUAUUUUCCAGAGAUAAUGUUCAGUUUUAGGAAUUUGUGUUUUA